AUGAGCAGCUUUAAGAAAUUUUUCGGUGCUAAGAAGCCCGACCCAAAAAACACAAGAGAGGCACUUAGGGAUCUGGAGGAGAAAAGAGAUUUACUGGUGAAGAAGUCUGAGUUAUAUGAGAGGAAAAUCCAAGAGGAAAUAACCAUUGCAAAGAAGUAUGGAAUGGAGAAUAAGAACAAGGCUUUAAAGGCUUUAGCUAAGAAAAAGUUUUACGAAAGGCAGUUGCAGAAAUUCGACAAUACCUUACUCGUUAUUGAAAGCCAAAUGCAAGCCCUAGACAAUGCCGGGAUGAACCUCGAGGUUUUCAACGCGUUAAAAUCAACGUCUGAAACGCUGAAAAACCUACAAAAGAACAUGAAUGUUGAUAACGUCCACGAUAUAAUGGAUGAGAUCGCGGAUCAUCGUGCCGCUGCCGAAGAGAUCUCGGAUGCUAUUUCCAACACUGGGGCCUUCGGUUUGGAAUACGAUGAAGAUGAGCUUUUAGCGGAGUUGGAACGUUAUCAGGCCGAGGACCUUGAGAAACAGCUGUUGGAUGUAGGCGCAGUGUCUAAUCUCCCAAGUGUCCCAAGUCAAGAGGUCCCGCAUCCGUCCACGUCCAAAGUUUCUGAUAAGACGCUUGACAGGGAUCUCAAGGACCUCCUGGACUGGGCCCAGUGA